CCUCUAUAUAAAGGCUGGUGCCCUGCGGAGCCCCAAUAGUCCAAGAAAGAGCUGCCAGGAUGGUGCUGACGGCGGACGAGCGGAAGGUGCUGACCUCCACCUGGGCCAAAGUCUCAGGGCACCUGGACGAGAUGGGCGGGGAUGCCCUGUGCAGGAUGCUCACGACCUUUCCGCAGACCAAGACCUACUUCCCGCACUACGACAUGAGCCCGGGCUCCAAAGACCUCCAGCACCACGGGCAGAAGGUGGCCAAGGCCCUGGACAACGCCCUCCACCACCUGGACAACGUCCGGGGCACCAUGUCCGACCUGGCCGACCUCCACGCCUACAACCUCCGCGUCGACCCCGUCAACUUCAAGCUGCUGGCCAAGUGCUUCCACGUGGUCCUGGCCACCUACCUGCGCGCCGACUACACCUGCUACGUCUACCUCUGCCUUGACAAGUUCUUCUACCUCCUGGCCGAGGUCCUCACCGAGAAGUACAGAUGAGCGCCCAUGCCUCCCUGCCGCUGCUGCCUCCGGCGAGGCUUCUGCCUCGGAGACCCUCCUCCGCCCCCUUCCUUCGCCCCUUCCUCAGAAUAAAAGGCCUCUGCCGCCACCUGCCUA